CCCGGGGAGCGCGGGCGCCUCUUCCGCGCGCUCCGAGCCCUUCCGCAUCCUGCAGCCCGGGGUCCAGCAGCCUCCGGGUCCAGAGGCCCCGCGUCCAGCAGCCCCGGGUCCAGCAGCCCCGCGUCCAGCGGCCCCGCGUCCAGCAGCCCCGGGUCCAGAGGCCCCGCGUCCAGCAGCCCCGCGGCCAGAGGCCCCGCGUCCAGCGGCCCCGCGUCCAGCAGCCCCGAGUCCAGCAGCCCCGGGUCCAGCUACUCGGCGUCCAGCGGCCCCGGGUCCAGCGGCCCCGCGUCCAGCAGCCCCGGGUCCAGCUGCUCGGCGUCCAGCGGCCCCGGGUCCAGAGGCCCCGCGUGCAGCAGCCCGGGGUCCAGCAGCCCCGCGUCCAGCAGCCCCGGGUCCAGCAGCCCCGCGUCCAGCAGCCCCGGGUGCAGCUGCCCCGCGUCCAGCAGCCCCGGGUCCAGCAGCCCCGCGUCCAGCAGCCCCGAGUCCAGCAGCCCCGGGUCCAGCAGCCCCGCGUCCAGCAGCCCCGCGUGCAGCAGCCCCGGGUCCAGCUGCUCGGCGUCCAGCGGCCCCGCGUCCAGCGGCCCCGCGUGCAGCAGCCCCGGGCCGGGCGGCGCCGCAGCAUGCCCCUCCGCCCGCGGCCGCCGGCCCUGCUCUGGCCGCUGCUGCUCGCGCUGUGCCCGGCGCUGACCGGGGCCUCGGCGGGCAGCUACAGCCUGGCGGGCACCUGGACGCUGCGCAGCGCGAACGGCUCGGUGGAGCUGCCGGCGGCCGUGCCGGGCUGCGUGCACACGGCCCUGUGGCGGCGGGGCCUCAUCCAGGACCCUUACUACAGAUUCAGUGACCUGGAGACCAGGUGGGUGGCCCUGGACAGCUGGACCUACAGCAGGGACUUCACGCUCCCAGCCGAGCUCAGGAAAUGGAAGAAUAUUUACCUGGUUUUUGAUGGAGUGGACACAGUGGCCCAGAUCCUGCUGAAUAAUGUGACCAUUGGAAAGACAGACAACAUGUUCGUCAGAUAUAGCUUUGACGUCAGCCGCGUGCUCCGGGCCGAGAACCGGCUGGAGGUGCGCCUGCGGUCGGCCGUGCGCUACGCCGCGGAGCAGAGCGCCGCCUACCCCGGCGGCCCCGUGCCGCCCGCCUGCCCCCCGCCCGUGCAGAAGGGCGAGUGCCACGUGAACUUCAUCCGGAAGGCGCAGUGCUCCUUCAGCUGGGACUGGGGCCCCGCCUUCCCCACCCAGGGCAUCUGGCAGGGGGUGCGGCUGGAGGGCUUCAGCGUCUGCCGCCUGGACUACUUAACCUUCGCGCCGCGGUACGAUGAGUCCGUGCGGACGUGGCGUAUUGAAGCCGAAGCCGCCUUUGACGUGGACAGCGCGAAGCCGCUCGGUGGCCUUGCGGUCGUCACUGUGCCUGAGCUGCAGACGCGGCAGGAGCUCGCCAUUGAACUCCGGCCCGGAAGGAGCGUCGUGGAGCUGUCGGUGCCCGUCCGCCCCAAUAUCAGCGUGGAGACCUGGUGGCCUCACGGGCACGGGAACCAGACGGGCUACAACAUGACCGUUGAGUUUGUGCUGGAGGGAGACACCCGGGUCACAGAGUCGGCUAGGGUCUAUUUUCGGACCGUGGAGCUUGUGGAAGAGCAGAUAGAAGGGUCCGAGGGGCUGAGCUUCUACUUCAAGAUUAACGGCGUCCCCAUAUUCCUGAAGGGCUCCAACUGGAUCCCCGCGGACGCCUUCCAGGACAGGGUGACGCCCGCCCUGUUGCGGCGCCUCUUGCAGUCUGCGGUGGACGCGAACAUGAACGUGCUCCGGGUCUGGGGAGGAGGCGUUUACGAGCAGGACGAGUUCUACAGACUCUGCGACCAGCUGGGGAUCAUGGUGUGGCAGGACCUGAUGUUCGCCUGCGCCCUGUACCCCACGGACGAGGCCUUUCUGAGCUCCGUGCGCGCGGAGGUCGCCCACCAGGUCCGGAGGCUGAAGCCGCACCCCUGCGUCAUCCUCUGGAGCGGCAACAACGAGAACGAGCUGGCGCUGGCGGCCGACUGGUUCCACACGGGCGCCCGGGCCGCCGCCUUCCGCGCCGACUACGUGACCCUCUACGUGAAGAACGUCCGCGCCCUCGUGCUGUCGGGAGACGGGACGCGCCCGUUCAUCCCGUCCAGCCCCACCAACGGCGCGCGCACGGCGGCCGAGGGCUGGCUGUCGGAGCACCCGGACAGCAGCCUGUACGGGGACACGCACUUCUACGACUACGCGCGCGACUGCUGGGACUGGCGCAUCUUCCCCCGCGCGCGGCUGGUGUCCGAGUACGGCUACCAGUCCUGGCCGUCCCUCAGCGCGCUGCAGCAGGUCUCCGCCCCCGAGGACUGGUUCUCUGGCAGCUCCUUCUUGGCCCACCGGCAGCACCGUCAGAACGGCAACGAGGAGAUGCUGAAGCAGGUGGCCCAGAAUUUCAACCUGUCCCGGAGCACAGACCCGCUCCGCCAGCUCCGAGAGACCAUCUACCUGACCCAGGUGAUGCAGGCCCAGUGCGUGAAGACCGAGACGGAAUUCUACCGGCGCAGCCGCAGCGAGCUGGAGGCCGGCCGGGGCCGCACCAUGGGUGCUCUCUACUGGAUGCUCAACGACAUCUGGCCCGCCCCGUCCUGGUCCUCGCUCGAGCACGGGGGCAAGUGGAAGAUGCUGCACUACUUCGCCCGCCGCUUCUUCUCGCCGCUGCUGCUGGUGCCCGUGGAGCAGGACGGGGCGCUGCUGGUCUUCGGGCUGUCGGACCUGCGGGGACCCGCCACCGUCCAGCUGGAGGUGCAGCUGCUGGCCUGGAGCUCACUGCAGCCCCGCUGCUCGCUCAGCCUGGAGCCCACCACACUGGAGCCGGGGGCCACGUCGCUGCUGCUGCGGGAGCCGCUGCGCCCCCUGCUGGCGCGCUGCGGGAACUGCACGCGCAGGGCCUGCCUGGUGCAGGUGCAGCUGCGGGCGGGGGCCGAGCCCCAGGGUCCCGCCAACCACCUCCUCCUGUCUCGGCCCCGGGACGCCGAGGGGCUGCGCCCCCCACGCAUCACCGUGGACAUCUCCCAGCACGGGGACGCGUUCUCCUUCGCGCUGCAGACGCGGGCCGUGGCCGCCUUCGUGUGGCUGGACGUGGGGCCCAUCCCCGGGCGCUUCAGCGACAACGGCUUCCACCUGACCCGGCGCGCGCGGCGCGUGCGCUUCCUGCCCUGGGCGCGCACCAGCGUGGCCGACCUGCGGCGCGAGCUGCGCGUGACCUCGCUGGCCGACGUCUCCUGAGCCCCUGGACGGCACCCCGAGGGGGACCGCUCACAGCAGCCCCGGGACCGCCGGGCCCGAGUCGGAGCCGCGGGUCGCGGGCGCAUAAAUUCAGUCCACACGGCCUGGCCUCGUCUAGCUCUGUCCUGCUGCCGCCCCGCUGCUCUGA